UGCCCGAUGUGAAGAACGAAAGCAUGCACAGCGAUGUGGCCAAGUUUAUUAAAUUAGUUAAAAUGUAACGUUAUCUUGUUGUGUUUGUGUUAACGUUUGAAUAUGUCUUUAAGGAAGGGGCAUGCUUCAAAUCAAAAAUUGAACUAUUUGAUCUACCAGUAUUUAAAAGAGAAUGGCUUCCAGAAAGCUGCAGAAGAACUCAAGAAGCAUGUGAAGAAGGGUGGAGAACCAGAAGCCUUGUCAACAUCACUACUGGAGAUCUACAACAAAUGGUUCGGAGAUACUUCUAAGACCACAGAAAAGGGAACAGAACCGGAUUCUUCCAAGUUAAAAAAGAACUGUCAAGCAGACCCUGAAAGCAGCACAGAGAGCUCAAGUUCAGCAGAGGAAGAAACAAAACCUCUGAAAGGCUCCCAGACCCCAAAGCAUCAGAGCCCAGCCACUGCCAGGCCAGCUAAGGGCAAGGCUGCAGUGCAGAGCACCUCUGGAGGAAAGGCCACAGUGGGGGAGAGCUCUGGGUCUGACAGCUCAGAGGUCUCUGAAGACUCAGAGAGUGAGGAGACACCACCACAGAAAACCCCUGUGACACCCAAAGCCAAUCAUGUUCCAGCUGCAAAGGUCAAGGCCUGGUCAGCGGUCACACCAUUGACCCUGAACAAGAAACCAGCAGAGAGCUCAGACAGUGACAGCAGCUCAGGGAGUGAAGAUGAGAGCCAGAGUCUGCUUCCACAGACAACAGCUGCCACAACUACAGCUACACCAGUGAAGCAACCAAAACCAAGUUCAACAGCCAAGACAAAAGCCACUCCUGCUACCCCAGCUAAACCCGUGGUUGCUGCUACGCCAAGCAAGGCACCAUCUACUUCCCCAGCCACACCAAAAGGAAAGAAGGUGACCACAAAAGACAAGAAAGCAACAGCAACAAAGAAAGCACAGGCCUCAGCUUCAUCAGCCAAGAGGAAGAGAUGUGAAGAGAAACCAGGGGACAUGCCCGCUAAUGACAAGAGGAAGAAGCUCUCCAUGCCUCAAACCCCUCCUGUUCCUCCUCCUACUGGGAGAGACGAGUCUGACUCAGACUCUGACACCGAACUGGAUGUGGAAAAGUGGAAGAAACUGGCACAGGAACUGUCAGACGCUGAUAUUGCCAAAAUAGACACCAUCACUGCACUGAAUGCUCCACCUGCUCCCACCUCACCUGCCUCAGCAGCAAAGAAAACAAGAGCACCGAGGAAGCCCAGGGCUAAAUCUACACUGGAAACACCCCCAAAUCCCAGGGCCAAAUCUGCAACGAAAACACCAAAACCCAAGGCUGACACUGCAGUGAAAAAGUCUGGUCAUGCUAAAAAGUUCAAAGCUACAACUGAAAAAAAAGCCAUGGCUGAGAAGAAUGGGAAGACCAAGACACCAGCAAAAGACAGUAAAGCCAAGUCUAGUCAAGUGAAGAAGGCAGCACCUCCCUCCCCAACCCCUGAAGGCCAAGCAGAGGAGAUCAACAGUAGUACAGCUGACCUAAUAGCUGUAGCAGACAAACAGCCACCCUCCAUGCUCUCUACCACAACACUUAAUGGAAAACAGACAGCCAAGAAAGGAAAGAGGAAAAAUGGGAACAUUAGUAAGGCUAAAGCAGAUAAUAAUCUACCAGAACCCAAGAAGAAGAAAAAGAAAAAGGAGAUUGUAGAGGAGAAGACGGAACCAGAGAAGAAGAAAAAGGAGAAGAAACAGGAGAAGAUGAGCAGGGACAAUGAGAGGAGAAUGGGAGAAGAUGAGCAGGGACAAUGA